GUUUGCAGUUUUCCUUGGCUUCUUUAUUCACCUCUGGAGCUUUCUUUCGAGCUCUAAUGGCGUUCAAAGAUGGCAUUUUGGUCAUUCUUUUUGUGCUUUGUGGGAUUCAGGAAUGCCUCUCGGUGAGCAAUGGAUUGAGCAGGGGGAGCUUCCCAAAUGGGUUUGUUUUUGGAACGGCUUCUUCUGCAUAUCAGUAUGAGGGAGCUGUUAAUGAGGAUGGAAGAGGACCAACAGUUUGGGAUAAGUUUGCCCAUUCCUUUGGUAAGGUGCUAGAUUUCAGCAAUGCUGAUGUUGCUGUUGAUCAGUAUCACAGAUACGAGGAAGAUGUGCAGCUCAUAGCUGAUAUUGGAAUGGAUGCUUAUAGGUUUUCAAUUGCUUGGUCCCGUAUUUUUCCAAAUGGAACUGGCCAAGUUAAUCAAGCAGGGAUUGACCAUUACAACAAAUUGAUAGAUGCGCUGCUAGCGAAAGGAAUCAAACCAUAUGUUACACUUUUCCACUGGGACCUUCCUCAAGCCUUGGAAGACAGAUACAGAGGAUGGCUUAGUACCCAAAUAAUAAAUGAUUUUGCAACUUAUGCCGAUACAUGCUUCAAUGCAUUCGGAGACAGGGUUAAGGACUGGAUAACCUUCAAUGAACCUCACACUUUGGCAAUCCAAGGCUAUGAUGUUGGACUCCAAGCCCCUGGACACUGCUCCAUUCUCCUUCACCUCCUUUGUAGAGGAGGGAAUUCAAGGACUGAACCUUAUAUUGUUGCCCACAAUAUCCUCCUAUCGCAUGCUACUGCUGUCAACAUAUAUAAGAGAAAAUAUAAGGCAGUACAGAAGGGUUCUAUUGGGAUGUCAUUCGACGUUAUGUGGUACGAACCCAUUUCAAAUGCUUCUAAAGACAUUGCUGCUACUCAAAGAGCUCUGGAUUUUCAUUUUGGAUGGUUCAUGGAUCCCAUAUUUUUUGGGGAAUAUCCAAGCUCAAUGAGAGAAAGAGUUGGAAAUAGAUUGCCUACAUUUUCGGCCAAAGAUGUUGCACUGGUUAAGGGUUCCUUGGAUUUUGUUGGUAUAAAUCACUACACUACAUAUUAUGCCAUGGAAAAUUCAACUAAUUUGAUUGGAGUUGUAUUCAACGAUGCUCUGGCAGAUUCUGGAACCAUUAAUUUGCCCUUCAAGGGACUACAUCCCAUCGGAGACAGGUCCUCUUCCAUAUGGCUUUACAUUGUUCCUAGAGGUUUGAGAAGUCUUAUGAACUACAUCAAAGAUAAGUAUGGAAAUCCCCCAGUUAUCAUUACAGAGAAUGGGAUGGAUGAUUCAAACAAUCCAUUCAUCUCCAUAAAAAAUGCCCUGAAAGACGAGAAGAGAAUCAGAUAUCAUAGUGAAUAUCUUGGAAACUUGUCUGCUGCUAUUAAGGAUGAUGGUUGCGAUGUUCGUGGAUAUUUUGUUUGGUCUCUUCUGGAUAAUUGGGAAUGGGCAGCAGGCUACACUGCCAGAUUUGGAUUGUAUUUUGUGGAUUAUAACGACAACCUCAAGAGAUAUCCAAAGAAUUCUGUUCAAUGGUUCAAAAAUCUGUUAAGCUCCGCCUGAUCUGAGGUUGCAGAUGUAAAAUACACAUUCAUAGUUCUAUUGCUUCAGGAAUUUCUUCAAUGCUUACAGCAAAUAGUAGUGAAGGUUGUAAGAAUUUAGUAGGAAAUAAAAUCUUAUAAAUGUAAAACUGAAUAUUUAUCUGAUUUGUGUGAAUGUUUCAUUAUUACAAUUUGAUGAAUUGCA